GAGAGAGAGCGAGAGAGAGAGAGAGGUGCACUCGACGCUUCUUUCCCUGUUUUCCUCUCUCUCCUUCUCGUGCGCUCUCUCUCUCUCUCUCUCUCUCUCUCUCUGUUUUAAACACACACUCAGCAGAAUGAAGCCGCUCACAUCCUUUCAUCUGAUCUGAUCUGAGGCUCUUUAUUUUGUUGUUUUGCGCUCUCUCCUUCUUUCCCUCUCUUCUCACAUCCUUCGCGCGCGCCGGUCAGCAGCAUGAGCGCGGAAUGCACGAGCUACUACAGCGCAGAGCGCGUGUUCGUCAACGCCUUCACCUGCCCGAAACCGGGGGGAGACGCACGAGCCGUGUACUGCUGCGGCUUCAACGACGUCAAGUACUGCUGCGACGAUCCCAACAGCUUCUUUCCCUACGAGUACGGGUACAUGUGGUGGCUCAGUGUUGGUGCUCUGGUGGGUUUGUCUAUAGCUGCAGUGGUGCUGCUGGCCUUCAUCAUCACGCUGUGUGUGCUCUGCUACUUGUUCAUCGCCACCAAACCCCGGGGCCUCGAUAAUGGUCUCAUGCUACAGGUGCCAGGAUCUGAGGCCGGUCCUCCAGAGGGUCCAAAUCAGCGCAAUGCUCCGUCCGGACCUCAAGGCUUCCGCAAGCAUUUUCUGAGAGGAAAACUGCACUGCGACAACCAGCCUGCCGACCCGGAGCGCCUGUUCCAGCGCUGCUACAUGGCCACCGUCACCACCAUUAACGUGGAAGGGCCUUCCUAAAUCACCGUCUGCUGCUUGGGUUCUGAAGCUUUAGUAGCUCCACAGACCAUCCUACCCUGUCCUGUCCACAAGGGGGCACCGUGUGAGAGCCUGAACUGCGCUAACACCCGCGGACUCGCCGUGAACCACGGACAUGAAUAUAAAACGAGUUAAAGAAUAACAUCGCCACAGUCUUACGGGGCCCCCUGGUGGCCAAGUGACUGCCUUCUCGUCUGUUUCUGUCUGAAGUGUCCACGCUGUCCUGUUUCAAGCUGUCAUGAUAUUUCUCUGCAGAUGUGACAUGUAAAGACUUUUCAGCUGUCAUGGAGCGCACAUUUCCAUUUCGGGUAAUGCACAUGACCUGUCGCACUGUUUCUGAUAAACGAGUGAAACUGAUUUCCCUGUUCGCUGUGUUCAAUACCGCGAGUGUGUUUUAUUAAUGAAGCUGUUCACAUACAGACACAACAGACCAGAAACCACGAAGCUUCUGUUUGACUGAGCAUUAUCAUUAUCAGUCAGGGAUGUCACAAAACACGUUUAUAAUGUUAGCAUGUUGAAUUCAAAUAAACUGAAUUACGUGAAUUACCUCAGAUCAAGGAAGGUCCAGUUUUGAUUUUGGUAACACUGCAGAAAAACGUUUAAUGCUUUAAGGAAUCUUUACUUGCUUAUGAUGGUUACGACGAGUUCAUCUGCAGAGCAUUUCUUUCUUUUCCUGCUGAGUUUAAGAUGUUUUAUCAGGUUACUUGUGCUGCAGGAAGCUGCUGUAGUUCCUCUAGGUCUUGAUCAUUAAUAGUAAAGUCAUUUGGUGUCUGUUCAUCUGUUCAUUAGCAUGAGACUAACACUACACCUCACAGUCUCAGGGUUCAUGGUGUACAAACCGUCCGCCAGCCACACUCAGGUCAGCUCAGGUCCUCAGAUUCAUCAACACACACCAUCUACAGCUCCUUGCUGUCUGUUCUGUAACCAGCUUACAGCAUAAACACACGACCAUGCCGUCAUUACCAUCUCCCCAGACCAGGAUAAGGACAGUCACAUGAAUGGAUUUCUAAAGUAAAUUUAUUCAUACAUUUAUUUAUCUUAUUUAUUAUUUUCUAUAUAUUAUAUUUUUCCUUCCCUUCACCUGAGGUGACAGAAUCAGGUUCUGGACUCAUCUGUUCAGUUUGUCAUGAGCAGCUGACUUUUUGUUUCUGUUGAAUAAACUCAUCCUCAGCUGCUCCUAUUCUAAUGUGGGGCAGAAAAUAUCAUUAAUAUCUCUUCAGUAACAUCUGCUGUGCUUCUCCAGAUUCCUCAUGACUCUUGGGAGAAGGAAGCAAAAUGAACAAUUUGCGUAUGAAGUGUUAGAACUAACCUGUGAGGAUUUUUUUCAUCAGCAUGCUGAUGAAGCUGUAUUUACGUUGUUCACCGGUUUCCCCACAAUGCUUUUCUGUUACCAGUGCAGUGAGAUUUAGCCCUCGCUUCAUCUCUUCCUAAAGACAACGAUGCAGCGGCCCUUUAGUCAUUUAGUCCAAAGCUUCAACCUUCAUGCUAAACAUCAUUGUAACUGUGCAGACAAUAAAACAACGUUAACCAACAGAUUUGUGCCAAAAUCGCUAAACAACAUCACACAUGAUUCAAAAUAAACAUGUUUGGAGGAGGAGUUUGUUUCUAAGACUACUUUAAUGUAAUUGUCCUCCUGAGAGAAAGUUUAACAUUGACAUCAAAUCAUAAUAUUUUACCAAAUAUCAACACAGCUGCUAAUUAUCAUUAGCAAACAUACGCUAACACUGUGUGCACUUUAGCACCUUACAGGCUAACACAUUACGGCCUGUAAUUAGCGACCAUAUGCUAACACUGGCUCGAAGCCAUGCUCACAUAAUCUGGAGGACUGAAAAUGCAUCUCAAGAGUCCUGAGGUAUUUCUGUUUACCAUCAUUUUAAUAGAUUUGUUUAUUUGUUUAUUGAUUCGUUCAUUCGUAUAAAGAAGUGAUAACCCCGCCCCUCUGACAGUUUUAACUCCACACAGCAGUGGACAUCUUGACCCUCUGAGCUGUUUGUUUAGCUGCUGUUAUCUGGUUUUUUUUCUCUCAGUGUGAAAUCCC